UGGGCGUUGAGGCUUACACUCCUCAACACAAAACGGGCAUUGGGGAAGCCAAAGUGCAUCUAUUUUAGCACGUUGGUACAUCUUCAACUUGACCCAACUGAACAGUGGAUGAAGAAUCUUCCGCUUCAAAAGCGGAAGGAGAAUUUCAAUGAGCGGUUACAGUAUGAAAUUUCCAAAUUUGGAAAUCUUGACGUCAAUGAUGCUGAUUUGUGUUGAAAUCAUAGACAACAAGAUGCUGCCUAAGGAUGUUACUGAAGCUGACAAGUAUGAAGAUUGCCCUAGUCUACUGAUGACUGCUUUGAAAGAGUACUUGACUGCAGAAAAAUCACCCCUACUCCGUAAGAUACAAAAGCUUCCUGUAUCAUACUUGGCCAUUCCUUGGAAGGAGCUUGACAAUGUCAUUGACUGUGGCAUAUAUGUCAUGCGACACAUGGAGUCGUACAAGGGGAAUGUUCAAGAUUGGGACAGUGGAUUCAAGAUAGGCACCCGUGUAAAUGCUGACUUCCUUUGGGAACUUAGAGCUACGCGUCAAACAUUAUCACAUGGGGUAGGAACACUGAAAGAUUGCGAGUUAUGA